CUUUCGUCAUCUUAAGGGGAUAGCAUCAUUAGGUAGCGUUCCGAAUCCCCGCCUGGUGCCAAAAAGGGGACUUGGACGGUUAGUUAUAACUUACCUAUGUCCGUAUGUCAACGGCUUAGUUCGGUUUUGUUCGUCCUUAGUUCUUAUAGUCGAUUCCCGUGCCCCAGUUAAAGUCGAUUUACUUAUGAGUAGCUUAGAGAGUAAAGCUGGGGUUCUAUCUCCUUUCUCCUCCGUGAUGCGGGGAACACUUCUCUAGACUCGACGAUGCCGACCGAGUAGCGUCGGCACUUGUCACCGGAGAGUAUAUGUGCAACCGGAUGUGACUACGGGACUCGUUAACCCGCACGAUUGAAAAGUUUAGGGAUCACUAUUUCAACUUUGAUAAUUAUUGAACUGUAACUUACUGUACUAUAUUAAUAUAUCUAUGUCUAGGAGUAUAUUUAGCCACUUAUUCAAAUAUAGAUCUAACUAUCUAGCACAUAGUCAACAGUAUCACAACCGUCGCGUCAACAUGGACAGCUUCGAAUACAACUCCAACCCCACCCGCGUCGUCUUCGGGAGCGGCUCCAUCAAAAAGGUGCCCGAAGAGCUCUUACGCGCAAAAGUGUCAAAGCCCUUCCUCCUCAGCACGCCCCAGCAGGUGAGCCACAUCAACCUGCUCAAAGACAUCCUCGGCGACGUCGUCAUCGGCACCUUCACCGAAGCGACCAUGCACACCCCCGUCGAAGUGACCUCCAAAGCGCUCGCCCAGCUGCAGUCCCUCGGCGCCGACUCCAUCGUCUCCAUCGGCGGCGGCAGCACCGUCGGUCUCGGGAAGGCCCUCAGCAUCCGCACGGGGCUCUUCCACCUGACGAUCCCCACCACCUACGCCGGCAGCGAGGUGACGCCCAUCCUCGGCGAGACCGACGCGGGCCGCAAGACCACGCGCUCCGACCCCAAGAUCCUGCCCAGCACCGUCGUCUACGACGUCGACCUGACCCUGACCCUCCCCGCGGGCCUGACCGCCACCAGCGGCGUCAACGCCAUCGCCCACGCCGUCGAGGCCCUGUACGCGCGCAACACGAACCCCGUCGUCAACCUCCUCGCGCAGGAGGGCGUCAAGGCGCUCGCGGCCUCCCUGCCCACCCUGAUCGCUGGCCCGGAUGACGAUGAUGAUGAUGACGCGGCGGUGACGGAGGCGCGCGGCGCGGCGCUGUACGGCGCGUGGCUGUGCGGGACGUGCCUCGGCACCGUCGGCAUGAGCAUCCACCACAAGCUGUGCCACGCGCUGGGCGGCAGCUUCAACCUCCCGCACGCCGAGACCCACACCAUCGUGCUGCCGCACGCGCUGUCGUACAACGCGCCCAGCGUCCCGCGCGCCAUGGCCGCCCUCGCCGCCGUGCUGCCCGGCAGCGAGGGCGACGCGACGAGGGGGCUGAACGUCCUGCUGGCGAAGCUGAGGGUGAAGCGCGGGCUGAGGGACCUGGGCAUGCUGGAGACCGACAUCGACAGGGCCGCGGAUAUCGCCGUUAGCAAUCCGUAUUGGAACCCGAGGCCGAUUGAGCGCGCGCCGAUUAGGGAGCUGAUUCGACGGGCGUGGGCGGGGGAGGAGGCGAGGGCGGAUUUGUAAUUGGGGGGGUUAUGUAAACCUUAUGCUGCGUGCCUAGGUAGGUGGUGAGGCAAAAGAAACGUGGAAAGGAUGUAUAUUAUCACUAUAUAUAGGUAACCUUAAGUAGAUAGGGCCAUGACAUGACCUGAAAUAAGAACAAAUACUGCCUAUAUUCAACGUAACCCCAACCCGAACCCUGGUGAAGCCGACGACUGGGCGAGCGCUUCGUUGUCA